CGACAGCCGGGCAGCCUCAGAGCUCACCAGUCUGAGCAGGACUGGUUUGGGAAGACUGAGCCGACCGGCCAGGAAGUCUGGUCUCAUCCCAGCUGGACUGACCUGAAGAGAUGAAAAGUCACAGUCGGUGUCCUCUGGUUUGGAGCAGGUUGGAAGAUGGCUCUCUACGUGCAGCGUUUCCUGCUGGCCCUGCUUCUUCUUCUGGGAGUUAACGUGUUCAUCAGCAUUCACGCUCAAGAGGUGGGAGUGUCUGAGGCGUGGACCAGCAGGUCUUGCAAAUGUGACUGUGAAGGAGGUGAAUCCCCGACUGAGUCUUCCUCCAUCGUGACCGGCCCGUCCAUGGUGCGAGGAGUGGACUGCAUGCCAGAGUGUCCGUACCACAAGCCUCUGGGCUUCGAGGCCGGAUCGGUGAAUCCAGAGCAGAUCACCUGCUCCAACGAGGACCAGUACACCGGCUGGUUCUCCUCAUGGCUCCCCAGCAAGGCCCGGCUCAACAGCCAGGGUUUCGGGUGUGCCUGGCUGUCUAAGUUCCAGGACAGCAGUCAGUGGGUGCAGAUCGACCUCAGGGAGGUGAUGGUGGUGUCUGGGAUCCUCACUCAGGGCCGCUGUGACGCUGAGGAGUGGAUCACCAAGUACAGCGUUCAGUACCGCAUCGACGAAACACUCAACUGGAUCUAUUACAAAGACCAGACUGGAAACAACAGGGUGUUUUACGGAAACUCUGACCGCUCCUCGUCGGUGCAGAACCUCCUGCGGCCGCCCAUCGUGGCGCGCUACAUCCGCAUCCUCCCCCUCGGAUGGCACACACGCAUCGCUCUGCGUCUGGAGCUGCUGCUCUGCAUGAACAAAUGCAUGUGAACCUUUCCUCCCCCGUCGAGACUUUCUCCCAAAACUUCAUCUAUACCUACAUCACCCCGUCGUCAGAGUGUGUGUGGUCUGUUAUUAUAUCCACAGAUUUGACCUCCUCUAGAAUACAUUUAUAACAUUACAAGUUGAAGACAAAAACAUUCUGUUGUUAAAAACACCGUUUUCAUUUCAUUGAAAUGUUUGUUCGACAUGCUCGAUGAGCUUUCAUUCACUCCACUCUUUAUCAUCUCUGUCUAACCAGUCUCACACUGGGGGCUUUUUAAUUUGGUGAGUUCUGUUCCAUUUGCAAUGAAAUUGGCAUAAAUUCAAAGCAAUAAUUAGACACAGAAAGGGAGAGGAAGCGUUGCUAUGGAGGUCGUAUCCAACGGUCUGAGACGAGCUCCUCCAAAAACAUUUGUGUCCUCCUGUGAAAUUCUGUCUGCUUCUCCUGAUAUUUAACGGUAAACACAGACCUCUCAGUCCUCCUUAUUUUCCUUAAAGGAUAAGGCUGGUGAUGUUCUACAUGUUUCUUACUGUCAACAAAUCCCAUCAAAAGACCAAAACCAACAAUGAAUUGAUUCUACCAAGUAUUGUUUGUGUGACCAAAGCCAUAUCUAUUAUUUUUAAUAUAUUUAUUUUUUAUUAUUCCCCAAAACUAUUGAAAACACAUCAGCCACACUGUUGCAUAUAUGUGACAUGCUUAUAAAGAACACUGUAGUUUAUUUUGAGUCAAUAACAUACACCGUUCUGCUACAAAAAGAAUGAACACAUUGUUGAAUUUGGUCUUUUAAAGGGAUUUGUUGGUAAUGCCAGACUAUUCUUUAAACAUGCCUGUAUUUCACUUCCUGUUUUCUUUUUUAUUUGCUCUCAAUUGUUACCUCAGGAACAUUUUUACAGAUAUCACUCUUCAGUGCUGUAUAAAAAUUGAAGGAUGGAAAUUUCACCAAUGUUCAGAUGUGGUUUUGUAUUGUGGUUUACUCCUGAUUUUAACAUACCAAUUCAGUUUCCCAUGGUGCUUUGGGAAUACACUGCAGAGUUGUAUUUACUCUGAAGACGUGUUCUUUAUUGUAUCUUUUUCCUUGAUUAAAUCAAUACUUGUAUCACA